AUGGCGCUUGGUGCGCAAGAAACCUCGCAGCUGCGGAGUGCUCUCCAAGACGCCACGGUAAAGUGCUCCGAGAGAUGUCUCUACCAGUCGGCGAAAUGGGCUGCCGAACUUCUCAAUGCGCUCCCCGAAACUGCAGACGCAGACGACGACGACGGCGGCGCCCCCGCGGAUGGGUUGAGUGGCACUUCGCCGAUAUACACACCGAACCCAGACCCCGAGGAAGCUGCCCUCGAGGCCAAGGAGCUGAGCAAGUACCUGCUGGCCAAGUCGCUCUUCGACUGCAAGGAGUUUGACCGAUGCGCCGCCGUUUUCCUGCCAGAGUCUUUGAUAUCGUCCGUCCUGUCAUCGCGCCCCGACGCCACCGUGCCGACGGCGUCGCGGCGGUCAAAGGGCAAGGCCAAGGCCGCAGAGGGGAGCCGGGCGACGUCGGGUGCAGCCCCGUUGCCGAGGCUGAGCCAGAAGAGCCUGUUCCUUGCGCUGUAUGCCAAGCUCAUAUCGGGGGAGAAGCGCAGGAACGAAGAGUCCGAGAUGGUUAUGGGCCCCCAGGACCUGGGGACGGUGGUGAACAAGCAGCUCUUGGUGGUGGGGAGGUACUUGGCCGCCUGGUUCAAGGAGAGGACGACGGCGGACGAGGACGCGUCGGGGAGUCAGGGGUGGCUGGAGUAUCUAUACGGCAUGGUUCUCGCCAAGGAGAAGAAUGACGCCCAGGCCAUGGAUUACUUCAUCCGGAGCGUACACAAGUAUCCCAUGAACUGGGGCUGCUGGCUAGAAAUGACGUCCAUCAUAUCGAGGGUUGAGGAACUCAAUCAGAUAGCACGACACUGCCCUCAAAACAUAGUAUCCUUCAUGUUCCACCUCUACACAUCCCUCGAGCUGUACCAGCAGACACCCAACCUCGCCAACUCGCUCGAACAGCUGCUGUCGAUAUUCCCGACGUCCUCGUUCCUCCUCACCUGCAACGCCCUGCUGGCAUAUCACGCCAAGGACCUCAUGGCGGCCGAACACCACUUCAGCCGGCUGCUCUCGCUGCACCCCCACAGACUCGACUCCCUGGACCACUACUCCAACAUCCUCUACGUCCUCAACAUGCGCCCGAAGCUGGCGUUUGUGGCGCACCUCUGCUCGAGCGUCGACAAGUUCCGCCCCGAGUCGUGCGUCGUCAUCGGCAACUACUACUCCCUCCUGUCCAUGCACGAAAAGGCAGUCCAGUACUUUAGAAGAGCGCUGACGCUCGACCGCUCGUGCCUGUCCGCCUGGACGCUCAUGGGCCACGAGUACGUGGAGCUCAAGAACACCCACGCGGCCAUCGAGUCGUACCGCCGCGCCGUCGACGUCAACCGCCGCGACUACCGCGCCUGGUACGGCCUCGGCCAGACGUACGAGAUGCUCGAGAUGCACACCUACUCGCUCUGGUACUACAAGAAGGCGGCCGGCCUGCGGCCCUGGGACGGCAAGAUGUGGAUGGCGGUGGGCUCGUGCCUCCAAAAGAUGGGCCGCGAGCGCGACGGCAUCAAGGCGCUGAAGCGGGCGCUCCUCGCGGACGCCUACUACGACGUGGGUAGCAGCUUCGGCAGUGGCGGCGACCUCGUCGGCGCCCGCGGCGCGACGGGGCACAUGGACCCCGAGAUCCUGCUCCAGAUCGCCGCCAUGCACGACCAGCUCGGCGAGGAGGACGAGGCCAAGGCCUACAUGGAGCUCUGCGUGGCCCAGGAGGAGGGCGGGGCCGCCGCCGACGCCAACAAUCUCGGCGAGUCCUCCGUCGUGAUCCACUCCGACUCGCCCGCCUCGGAGGACUACGCCGACCGGGAAGACGCGCCCGCCGCGUCGGCCGGCGCGGACGGUGGCGCCGAGGGGACCGGCGUGACCGCCGCUACGAGCAAGGCGCGCAUGUGGCUCGUCAAGUUUGCCAUGCGCACGUCCGACUACACGACUGCCAAUAGGCUUGCCACGGAGCUAUGUCAGGACGGCGUCGAGGUCGAGGAGGCAAAGGCGCUCGUGAGGGAGAUUAGGUCCCGAAUGGAGGCCUCGGGCAUGUUUGGCUCGGACGGUUAG